UGUAUCCAACCAACUUUACAAAAAAAAAGUACAGGGUUCUAGUUUGUUUCCAAACUUUUUUGGUCUCAUAUCAAAUACAUGUACUGAAAAGGAAGUACAUGUGUAUAUACUACGUACUGAAAUCUGUACAUGUGUAUGUAAUGUACUGACUAAUAUCUGGAUUAUUUUUUUGGAGAUUGCUACCUAAAAUCUAAGACCGUGACAUCUGAACUAUUUAAAUCGAAUACGAAUCAUUGUAAUUUUCUAAACUAGCUGAUCCACACCGACUCCAAAAGAACGUGUCACUAGUAUGUUAAAGCAGCGGUGAGAAACAAUGUUUUCAAACUUUGUUGCGAUAUAGUUACGCAUUGACAGAAUUGUGGUGGACGAGUCUUAUGGAUGACAAAAUGUCGACGUUCGAUAGACACAGCAUAAAAAGACAAAGCCUAAUGCCGUCUUAACUCAAUACACCUCUUCGAUGUGAGAAACAACAUACCAUAUUCUUCAACCUCCUGAAUCUCCAUUAUUUUCUUGACUCAAAUUGUACUAAACAUUUUCCUUCAUUUUUUUCUCUCUUAUAAUGUCAAGGAAUAAACAAACAAAUUUUAUAAAGAGAAGAGAAUAAUCAAUACUGUAAGUAUUUGUUUUGCAAAUCGAAUGGUAUGACAGACAGUAACUUUGGACUGAAGCUGAAGCAUCAGAAUCUCUUUUUUUCAUUAUCUUCUUUAUAAUAAUAGAUUAGGCUUCUUGGAAUUCCUCGCCAUGUGAGUAAUAGUUACAAGAUUUCUUUCUAAGUUACCAAUUCUUAUUGACCUUACUCCGGAACAAAAAGUAAGUAAAAAAAUUCUCUAGUUUGUGUGCAAAAAUGAAAUUGCUGAUGAAUGUGACCCGAUCGUUCAUCAAGAUAUUUGGCGUAUGCAAAUUAUUGGAGGUUGUAAAAUCAAAUAUUUUGAUGUGCCACCUCACAAAUAUUAACAAAUUAUUUGCAGUUCCAGCCCAUGUUCAAGAGAGUCAAGAGUACUCCUCCUUUAGGUAGUCCUCUUCUUCACCAACAAUUACCAACUAAAUGAAAGGUACUUAACCUCUUUAUGUAACUUUCCCAUCACCAAACCAUAAUAAAACUGAUAAGCAUCAAACCUAUCUUCUUAUCUAUACAUCAUUCUCAAACACCUUCGUCAACGCUUAAAGAUUAAUACACACACACACAAAGUGUAUUAUCUACUCAUCUUUUUUCUUUUCUUGAACACCAUCUUCUCAUCUUUAUUAUGUGUAUGUAUAUACACAAUGUUCAUUUAUUAAUCUGGAAUACUUGAAAAAGAAAAAGACCAGAAUAUAAAUAUAAAGCUAAAGCAUAAAACAUCAAAUUCUGGACAUUUUAUACAUCUAUUUUUGUUUAUACAUUUCUCCCUGUCGUCUAUUAGCUCAACAUUCAUACAAAUAAUGCUAUUGUCCACAAAAGAUCAUUGUGUUUACAAUAACAAGGGACCAACAAGGCUACCGCCAAAUCAUUUGCUUCACGUAAAGCGAGACCAUCUAACCACCUCUAUGAAAAAAGAAACAUACAUUCUGUGGACAAAUAUCUUUAAAACAUUAUUUAUUUUUUAAUUUUAAUAUAAAGAAAGUUGGUUUUAAAAUGAUGUUAAUAAUCAUAAAAAUAGCACAUGUCCUUUUAUUUUUAAAUAAAUAAUUAUUAUUCCUCCACAGAUAUAUUAGUUAAACAACACAGGAAAAAAUACACUCUUUAUCAAAGAGAACCAAAAGAUAAGGAAGCAGGGAGGGAGGAUAAAGACAUUUCAACUCACCACCUCCUCUCUCUACUUCUUCUUCUUCUUCAUCAUCUCUCUGUCUUCUGUAAUAGAAACACAACCCAAUGGGUUCAAUGUCAAACCCCAACCCAUGGUCUCCAUACGACUCCUACAACGACUGCUCUCAAGGAGUCUGCAACAUCUACUGCCCGCAAUGGUGCUACCUAAUCUUCCCUCCUCCUCCUCCUUCCUUCCUCAACGACGAAGACGAAGACUCUCCCUCAUCCUUCUCCCCUCUCCUCAUCGCCCUCAUCGUGACCCUCGUCACCGCCUUCAUCCUCGUCAGCUACUACACUCUCGUCUCUAAAUACUGCCGCCGCCCCAGCCGCGAAACCUCCUCCGACGGCCGUAACAUUACUGAAUCCAACUCCAAUGCGGUGGCUGGAGAUGGUCUCAACGACGCUUUGAUUAAAUCGAUAACGGUUUAUAAGUACAAAAAGGGAGAUGGACACGUGGACGGUUCAGAUUGCUCGGUUUGUUUGAGUGAGUUCGAAGAGGACGAGAGCUUGAGGCUGUUGCCGAAGUGUAACCACGCGUUUCACCUUCCGUGUAUCGACACGUGGUUGAGGUCUCACUCUAACUGCCCUCUCUGCCGCGCUUUCGUCACCGGAAUCAAUAAUCCGAUAACCCAAUCCAACGCCGUUCAUCCGAUCGCGACGGAGUCUGUUAAUCGCGGCGGAGGAGGAGCCGCGGAGGUUAAUUUAACCGCGGCGGGUUACGAUCACCGAACCGGUGACUCGGUAGUCGUCGUCGAGGAUCUGGAAAUUGGAUUGAGAUCGCAACCGCCGGAGGAGCAGCGAGACGCGACGAAGGAUGAAGAAGAUCCUCCGCCGCGGAUUCGGAGAUCGGUGUCGUUGAUCGCUGAUGUACUGCGGGAGAUUGACGACGAAGUAUCUGCCGGAGUCGGGACUUCACAGCAGCGGCAGCGAGAGGAAGAUGGAGAUGGCGAAGGAAAAACGCCGAAGAGUUCAAUGGGGAUGAAGAGAUCGGUAUCGACGGGAAGAUUCAUCUUCUCGAGGCACGAUCGAGCUAGAAAUUACAGUUUACCCAAUUGAAUACUGUGAAACAUUAUUUCUUAAUGAACCUUUUUACUGUAUUUAUUAGUAAAUUAAUGAUGAUUUUUAUACACUUCACUACAAAGAUCUA